UCGUCCAUGCAGUCAUUGAGAACAGUUUGCUGCAGAAUUUUGCUCUACAGAUUAUAUACAUAACCAUAUUGAAAGCUGUGUUAUUCUAUUCAUUUUUAUCAUUUAAUAUAAUUAACCCUCCGUUAACUUCUUAAUUUUGGUUCUGUUAGCUUCAUCUGUCACACAAGGAUGGAUCAUCAUGACUGGCAGAGGGGAAGGAGCAGAGGUCAUCGACACCAUGACGACGAUGAUGAGGCCCAGCCGGAGUACAUUGGUGUCCCAGUCUCCCACAGGCGGAAAAGGCGCCGACACCACUCCCAUGCCAGUGAUGCCGAACAUAGCGCACGACACGAGCACUACGAUCACCACACGCAUCGUGACCACUCGCACCGAAGCUAUCACCACGACAGAGAGGAGCACUAUGACGAUGAGGAGGGGAGUGUGGAUCGUCAUGGGCACACCAACCUCACAGUGUCCCCUGCAGCGGAGCGGCUGCGCCACAUACUGGGCGAAGAUGACAACACCCCAACACCCACCAUAUUCACUGAGAUGGACACACUACAGCACGAGGGGGGGGAAUUAGAGUGGAAAGAGUCUGCAAGGUGGGUGAAGUUUGAGGAGAAGGUGGAGGAGGGAGGAGAAAGAUGGAGCAAGCCUCAUGUCUCCACACUGACCCUCCACAGCCUGUUUGAGCUCAGGACCUGUCUGCAGACAGGAAGCAUUCUGCUCGACCUGGAAGGCUACUCUCUGCCACAGAUAGUGGAUGAGAUCGUGGAUCGACAAAUCGCCGACGGUCUCAUCCUUCCUGAUCUGAAGGAGAAGAUCAGUUUUGUGUUGCUGAGGAAACACCGUCACCAGACCAAGAAACCAAUGCACCGCUCUCUGGCAGACAUAGGGAAGUCCUCCAACACUUCUUCGAGCCGUAGUCCUCAGGUUAAUCUGAGUCGUAGCAAUAUUUCAGUCUCUGGGAACCACCGCUCCACAGAAGACCUACGUUCUCGGCAGUCAAGCAGCCUUGGCCGCCUGCAUCCUGCCCAGAGCCGAAGCAUGAACGACAUUUCAGACACACCGAGCACAGACCAGCUGAAAAACAAGUUCAUGAAGAAGAUUCCACGCGAUGCCGAGGCAUCCAACGUCCUGAUUGGCGAGGUGGAUUUUUUGGACAAGCCCUUUGUCUCCUUUGUUCGUUUGGCUCAAGCCACAACACUAGGAGGCCUCACUGAGGUCCCUGUGCCCACCAGGUUUCUCUUCAUCUUGCUGGGUCCUCACGGCAAAGCCAAAUCCUAUAAUGAGAUUGGCAGAGCUAUUGCUACACUCAUGGUGGACGACCUGUUCAGUGAUGUUGCCUACAAAGCAAGGGACCGUGAUGACCUUAUUGCAGGUGUUGAUGAGUUUCUGGAUGAGGUGAUUGUCCUCCCUCCAGGGGAAUGGGACCCAAAAAUUCGCAUUGAACCUCCCAAGAAGGUUCCAUCGGCUGAAAUGAGGAAGUCAGUGCUGAACCUGAACGAGCUGGGUCAGGUGAACGGCUCAGCAGGUGGAGCAGCUGGAGGAGAAGAUGAAGAGAUUCCUGCUCCGCAUGAGCUCGGAGAGGAACUGAAAUUCACUGGGAGGUUUUGCGGUGGAUUGUGGCUGGACAUUAAAAGGAAGAUCCCAUGGUUUUGCAGUGAUAUCUAUGAUGGCUUCCAUAUUCAGUCCAUCUCUGCUGUGCUCUUCAUAUACCUUGGCUGCAUCACAAAUGCCAUCACCUUUGGAGGCCUGCUGGGGGAGGCUACAGACAAUUACCAGGGUGUGAUGGAGAGUUUCCUUGGCACUGCUCUGGCUGGAACUGUCUUUUGUGUGUUUGGUGGACAACCUCUUAUCAUCCUCAGUUCGACAGGACCCAUUCUCAUCUUUGAAAAGCUGCUUUAUGAAUUCAGCAAGAAUAACGGUAUAGACUACAUGGAGUUGCGUCUCUGGAUCGGCCUUCACUCGUGUCUGCAGUGUUUUUUGCUGGUCAUCUCAGACGCCAGCUACAUCAUCAAGUACAUGACCCGCUUCACAGAGGAGGGUUUCUCCAGCCUCAUCUCCUUCAUAUUCAUCUCUGAUGCCAUUAAGAAGAUGGUAGGAGCCUUCAAGUAUUAUCCAAUAAACCGUGGCUUCAAGCCGGACUAUGUAACAGCCUACAAAUGUGAAUGCAUCGCUCCAGACCAGGCAUAUGUGCUGGGAUUAAAUGUUUCAGCUCCACUCGGAGAUGAUAACAUGACUCUGCUGUUUAACUUGACUGGCCAGGACUGGAGUCAGCUGAGUAAGAAAGAGUGCGCCAAGUAUGGCGGCACUCUGGUGGGGAACUCCUGUAAGUAUGUUCCUGACCUGGCCCUCAUGUCCUUCAUCCUCUUCUUCGGAACCUAUUCCAUGACCGUUUCUCUUAAGAAGUUCAAGUUCAGCCGCUACUUCCCGACAAAGCUCCGUACCCUGAUCAGUGACUUUGCCAUCAUCCUUUCUAUCCUGGUCUUCUGUGGGUUGGACAGCCUGCUGGAGCUGGACACCCCCAAGCUGCACGUGCCCACUGACAUCAAGCCGACACGUCCUGAGCGUGGCUGGUUGGUGAUGCCGUUUGGAAAGAACCCCUGGUGGUGGUAUGUGGCCAGCUUCGUUCCCGCCCUACUUGUCACCAUCCUCAUCUUCAUGGACCAACAGAUUAGCGCCGUCAUCGUAAACCGCAAGGAAAACAAACUGAAGAAAGGUUGUGGCUACCACUUGGACCUGUUCUGGGUGGGUGUACUGAUGGCUGUGUGCUCCUUCAUGGGUCUGCCCUGGUACGUAGCAGCUACAGUCAUCUCCAUCGCCCACAUCGACUCUCUGAAGAUGGAGAGCGAGUCGAGCGCCCCCGGAGAGCAGCCACAGUUCCUGGGAGUCAGGGAGCAGAGGUUGACAGGCAUCCUGGUGUUUGUAAUGACCGGACUCUCCAUCUUCCUCGCUCCAGUCCUCCAGUACAUCCCCAUGCCAGUCCUGUAUGGAGUGUUCCUCUACAUGGGAGUUGCCUCCCUGAGUGGUAUCCAGUUCUGGGAGCGUAUCAAGCUGUAUCUCAUGCCGGCCAAACACCAGCCAGACUUCUCCUUCCUGCGUCACGUCCCUCUGAGACGCGUCCAUCUUUUCACCCUGGUCCAGAUUAUCUGUCUGGCUGUCCUCUGGACCCUCAAGUCCACGUUCCUGGCCAUCAUCUUCCCAGUGAUGAUUCUGGGUCUGAUGGUUGUACGGAAGCUGCUGGAUCUGAUGUUCUCGCAGCACGACUUGGCCUGGCUGGACGACAUCCUGCCAGACAAGGACAAGAAGAAGAAGGAGGAUGAGAAGAAGAAUAAGAAAGAGAAGAAGGUGGCAGAGCCAGAGAGCGACGAGGAGGAGGAGAACCCUUACUCGACAGUCACAUACAAUCAAAAUGAACUAGACCACAGCAUCACCCUGCACCUGAAGAUCUCCUGUCCCCCCUCACCUGUACACUCCCAGACGGGCCUCGUCUUUGGAGACGCCGUGUCACACCCGCCGCCCCAGAAGCCUGUGCUCCACCAGCCUGUGCUCCACCAGCCUGUGCUCCACCAGCCUGUGCCCCACCAGCCUGUGCCCCAGGUCACCAUCCAGGUGGAGUCGGACAGCGACUCAGAGUCCAGCCUCUACUCCGAACAAAGUUACCCAGCUGUGGACCCACCACCACCUAAAACACACAGAGUCUUUGACAGACACCUGCAUGCUCACUUUGGUGACUCCUGUGCUGAGACCAUUCUGUAAACACAACCUACACAAAAAUACACACACACACACACACAGCAGGAAGGUGCAAAGUGUUGCAUACUCUCCGUGUAUCUGACUGAAUUCAGGGUUUUAGAUGCUGGACUGCUCUUUCCAACUUCAUAAAUAGAUUUUUAUCAGAUGUGAUGCCAGCGUAUUUUACAGCUCCCCAACCUAAAACUAUCUUAGCUCUUCAGAAACCAGUUUCCUGUAGUGACACGAAUAGAAAGAAACAACCAAAAUGAGUGACGAAUAAAUACAUGAACCCGUUCUGAGACUAUGUUCAGAAUUGCUGAACAUUACUUGUCUUUUUUGUCCUUUUUUUUCUCUUUUUUUCUUGAGAAUUCUAAUAAUGGUAGAGAUGUUGGUUUAUGUGCAUUAUGGAUGUUACGCCCUGAACAUGUAAUAAAACUGCAUUUAAAAAC